AUGUGGGCAUACGGCCCGGUCAACAAGGAGAAGAAGCAGAUCUAUGGCUUGCUGCAGGCCAUCGAGCACUUGAAGAAGAGGGGGUUGACCGGAGUUGGAGUCAUCAGGGAGUACCAUGCCCGGCAGGUGGCGCUGCUAAUGCUCCGGGUCCGCUCGCUCGCUGACAUGACUCCGGGCGCGUCAACCGAGGGUACCGUCCUUGCGACAGGUCGCGGGUCCCACCGCAGAAGUGGCCACCGUGACGGCGACCGGUGGAGUGGUGGCGCCAUCGGGAACGAGAGAGGGCGUGGACCCUGCUCCGCUUUCCGCUUCCUCGGCCGACCCUUCGAGGCAGAGUGUCGUUCCCCGGGGCCCUCAGGCUGGGGAAGUGAUCGACCUCGGCGCAGACGAGGCGGAGGGAACGACGGCGAUGGAAACGGGGAUGGAUGUCCCUGCGGCCGCGACGGGGACGGCGGCGACGACAGAGGAAGGAGAGCCUGCCUCCGCGGCCACGGCGAGGAUGGCGAUGGCGGGGGAGGUUACGACGCCCGCCCCGACGGCUGUGGCGGAGGAGGCGAUGGAGACGGAGGCGGGACUUCCGCCCGGGAGGUCCUGGCGGAGGUGGCAUUGGCGGCGGAGGUGGAGGUGCCCGCUCCAGAGGCUCCGAUAGGGGUGAAGGAGCCUGCCUCAGCGGUUGCUACGGAGGGCGAGGUGGCCGCGGGGAUACUCGCUCCACCGCCUGCGUCGGAGGCAGUGGCGCCGUCGGGCGGGCCCGUGGCGGCCCUGACGGCGGCUGGUGCGCAGGCACCAGAACCGUCGGCGAGCCCGGCGGCUUCCGGGAUGAUGGAGCCCGUGUCGAUGGCGGCGUCGAGGUCGGCUCUCGCCUCUGCCUCGGCCGCUUCUGUUCCCAAGGCGUGGAGAGGGCCCGUCCUGCGUUGGUCGUAUCGUGAGGACCCGCUGAGACACCUCUUCACCUUGGAUGAUGCCGCGGAGUGGAACAAGUGGCAGGCGGUGCAGGGCAGCCUCGCUAACGCCCGCGCGACUCUGUCCUCAUUGUUGGGGGAGCUGGAUAGCGUCGUCCUCCCUUGUAGCCAGGCUCUCCAAGAAUGCAGUCGGGGAAAAUCCGAUUUCCUCCGGCUGGAGCGGGGGCUCUGGGAGCGCUUCAACUUGGAGAGGCAGUGGACCAGGGAGCUGACCAUGUAGGUUGCCACCGCCCAGCAGGUCAUCAACGAUCUGCAGAGGCGCGAGCAAGUGGCGCAGGAGGACGCGCGGCGGUCGAAUGCAAAAUUCCAGGCCGUCGUCAAUAAGGCCCACCUCGACCGCGAGGAGCUCCAGGCCGCCGCUGCCGAGAGGGCUCGCCUUGAUGCCGAGGAGCUCGUGCGGCUGAGGGGAGAUCUUGAUGCCCUUCAGAAGACUGUCGAGCGCAUCCGGUGCGAGCGGCGAAAGGCCUGGGAGGAGCGGGACUUGGAGGCGGCCCGGAAGGGCAAAGCCGAGAAGAUAGCGGGCGAGCUUGGUGUGGAGGUCGGUCAGCUCCAGGCGCAAGUGCAGGGGCUCCAGACCGCUGUGUCUCAGGGGGCCGACCGGGAGCGUGAGCUGAAGGCCCGGUCCGACGACGAAAUCACCCGGCUGAGGGAGGUGCUUGACGCGGAGUUCGUCGAGCACGACACCUUGCGGGAUGCGGUCCGCGUCGUCUGUGACAGCCUCGGCGUGGUCCAGGGGGAGGGGACGAGCUCGCUGACGGCUUGUGUCCUUGGGACGUACCGCCGGGCCCGCGAGAUUGCCGUGGAAGCGCUCCACACCGGCGUGCGGCGAGCCUUCUCAGUCUUCGGCUCCUACUACUCCAGCAUCAACUUCGCCGGGAUGAGCAGGGGAUACGCCGCUGGCUAUUCUGAGGCUGAGCUGUUGAGAUUGACGCGUCAAUAUUCAACCCGGCGGAGGCCUUGGCGAAGCUCCUGGAGGAUGAAGCCGUCCCUCCUGAAGAUCCCACGACGAGUUAACUGUAUCGGGCUGGCGCCCAAGUUGUAAAUACGUUAGUUCCAGACUUAUUUUGUGAUGGUCGUGGAGGCCUUUUCAAAAACUUGUCGUAAAAAAGUUUCCGACCCUCUUUCUUGUUUUCUGGACUUGGAAAGUUUAGAGCGCAUUGUCGGGUGUGUCAGUAAGCGUUGAUGGGCGAAGGCACCGUAGCUGCUGGGGCGUAGGUUUUUCGCAGUCCGAUCAGUCUUGCCUGAACACCGUUCGUGCGCUCUCUCCUUUUCAUGCCAGGA